AUGUCCUCAGAAUAUUCCAUAAUCCUACUGGGCCUCGACAAUGCAGGCAAGACGACUCUCCUCUCGCAGAUUAGAGCGCUGUACAACACCGCGGUCGACCCUGCAGGCCAGACAGGCGAUGCAGCGCCGUCCGAGACCGCAGGCAAUACAGUGCCAACGGUCGGCCAGAACGUCGCAACGAUCGACCUGCCGGACAUGUACUUGAAGAUCUGGGAUGUUGGAGGCCAAAUGAGCCUGCGUCGCUUAUGGACGAGCUACUACAAAAGCGCACAUGCCGUGGUCUUUGUGGUCGAUAGUACGGAUCUGGGUAAUGGAGAGGUGGACGAUACGCCCAAGACGCCCGGCUGGCAUGGUCGCAAGAAGAGUUAUAUAAGUAAAAUGGAUGACGAAGGCAAUGAUGUCGAUGACGAGCCGGAGACGCCGUGGACGCCCAUGACUCCCAUGACUCCGGGUAUGUUGUUGUCGGGAGACCGUCAGGGGCGAUUGGACGAGUGUCGCGCCGUGCUGGAGAGUGUGCUUGAAAAUGAAAAUACGGCCGGCAUUCCGAUCUUGGUGCUCGCCAAUAAACAGGACCGCGAGGAUUGUUUGGAAGUGGUGAGGAUUAAGGAAGGGUUUGUUCGGAAAGUCUUUGAGGGCGAAAAGGGCGGGAUGGUUCGAGACAGUCGUGUCCUGCCGGUCAGCGCGCUUCGAGGCACUGGUGUGAAAGAGGCGGUCGAAUGGGUCAAGAGCCGUGUCGUGUGGAACAAAGAGAGUCGCCCACCGGUUAUGAGAUGA